AUGGCGGCGGUUUCGAUUCUUACCUCGGCUGCAGCUUUCGACAAGCAAUGCGAGAGAGUGGGAUUGGCAGCGGAUUGGAUCGCCGCCAUGCAAGCUUCAGGCAUCACGACACUGGGUAAGUUGAGUUAUGCGGCCUCGCUUCCAGGGACGCAACCUACGGCUGACGAGAUGGACAACUUCACUUCUACUCUGAGGCCCGGUGCGAGAGUCACUCUGGGUGACAGUUCCGCGAUAAAACAGCUUAUCUUCGAAGCUCAGACCAUGACAGUUGCAGAGCUCCGAGCUACCAUGCAGUCCGGUGACGAGGUGUCCCGGAAGCUUCCGGCGUCAGAGCGCUCAAUGCGCAUCGAGGAUCAGAAGCAACGCCUUAAGGGCCUACCUUUGGAGGGCCCUUUGUCCGUAGCCCACUGCGUGUAUGACAAGCUAGCAAACAUGCGCGAGAACGACGAGUUGAAAUACCUCUCCCCCGGUGAGUGCAUCACCCGUGAUGCGGAGCUUUGCUGCGAGAAGCCCCCCAAAGCCUUGCAGCUCGAUGCUGACAAAAUGGGCAUUGUAGUGAAGGAUGAGGAAGCCCUAGCCACUAUGUCGGUCGACAGCGAUUUGCAGCUUUAUCAGGCCAUGAUGAGACGUGCACUGGCCAUGGACCUUGUUGGCUUGGCUUCUUAUGACACGGUACAGAAGUGGAAUGAGCGGCUCUUUCGCAUUAUGAGCCAGGACCCGCCACCGGAGUUCCAGAAGGUCUCGAGAGCGCAGGUGCUGAGGGCAGACCGGCAAUGUUUUCUGGAGCUAGCUCGCACGUGCAAUGGGAAUCUGAAGCCUGACGCAAAGGGUGUGCUCCCGCUCGACAAAGAGUUUGAGAAGUUGGAGUACAACCAAUCGGUCAUGUACUUUUUGCUACCUGUCAAAGGUAAGGGCAAGGGCUCCGGCAAGCCCGGCGACAAAGGCAAUGGAAGGAAGCGCACUCAUGACACAACAGGUGAUGGCAAAAAUAAGAAGUUGAAGAUUACCCGCGACCCGAUACCAGACGCCUUGAAGGGUGACCUCAUUGCACAUGCUAUGCUGUUCCCGAAGAGUGUGAGGCACCUGUGCAACAACACAGCCAGCCGUCAGACGGCGGCAAAUUUUGCAGUGCAGGCGCAUUUUGCGUUGAAAUUUUUGCUCGUCGUGCCUGCUUGUGUGGUUUUCUCCGAAUGGGGUUGCCAAAUUCCUUUGCAGUCGGCAAGGGUUGUUCACAGGCAGCUGCGGCACCGAUCAUUCCAAUGGACAUUUUGUCUCAGGGUGGUCUGGCUCUUUGCGCAUCCUGGGCCCCGGUGUGUGUACACCAUCUCCCAGCUUUUGAAACACUGCAAUGAUACAGGGACGCCUUGGACGGUGGAAGCUGCCUCGAGGUCAUCGUUCUGGACAACAGACUUUGGUAAGAGCUUACUUGAAUCCUCCGUCGACAUCGAUCUUAAAGCCUUUGGCUCUCCAACAUCGGGUUGCAUUCGCUUUGCAUCCUCCCUGCCACUUGUCCUUCGGUCUUGUGCAAACUUGGCGGCUGCCAGUCGCCAAAGGCCUUCCGCUGAUCUUGCACUGGGGCAGCUCUACCGUGCGCUUGCAUCGGUCAUGCUUGAGCAUCUGCAUGUUCGCACUCCGCCGGUGUCCCCUCUUGCUGCAGCUCAGAUUGCUACAGGAAUGCAACCGCGCAGGUUUCCUCUGGCCCCAGUUCCCGAGUUUAAGCGUUUCGUGCAAGUUGCCGUGCCGCAAUGUCCACCUCUGGACUCCAAGAACAGGCUGCUGACCACUCUUCGUGUGCAGGACACUGUUGUGCCUGCUGGUUCCAAGCUUGUGCCGCCUCUUUCUCAGCUGGCUGCCGAUCGUGUAGAGGGGGGAGGUUCGAUCUGCAACCAGGUGCACCGCGCUUCGCAGGUCGAAGCAUCGCUCGACGAACACAUUCCAGACGCUUCGGACAUGUCAGGUGGUGUGCAGCAGGGGGGAGGUUCGAUCUGCAACCAGCUGCACCGCGCUUCGCAGGUCGAAGCAUCGCUCGACGAACACAUUCCAGACGCUUCGGACAUGUCAGGUGGUGUGCAGCAGGCAGCACCCCCCCCUUGUGGUUUCGCCGGUGCCCCCCCUUCCUCUUCGGGUCUAGUGGGUGCUGCCGGUGAUAGUGUUCAUCCUUCUUGCGAUGCCGAUACGACCCCUUGCGUGCAAUCUAAUGUGCGAGCAGCACCUCCCCUUUGUGGUUCUCCCGCCUUCCCUUCUUCCCCUUCGGGUCUAGGCGGUGCUGCUCCAUUAGCUUUAAGCCCGAGAUGUUCAGGUUCGCUGCUAUGUGCGACUGAGUGUGAAGCAGAGUUGCUGGCCUCGAGUCUUGAUGCUAGGGUAGAUGCCAGUGGCCUUGUCAGAAUCUUCGAGGCCCUACCAGCCGAAGUGCCAGCACGUGGCGUUGAUGAUGCUCGUGAGAAAGCUUGGACUGCGGGAGCUUAUUCCCAGAGCAAGCUCUGUGGUCUGCGGAAGCAUACCAGAGCUUUCCCUCGUGUUGUCUCUGCUGCGGUCAAGUACUUGCGGGAAUGUUUCCCAGGUGCGUGCUUCGCGACAAUUGCCUUUUAUUCCAACGUUUGCACUCCGAUGCACAAGGACUCGAAUAACAUGGAAGGCACGUUGAACUACGUUGCGCCUCUCACCUCUUUCAAAAAUGGAGGCAUUUGGGUGCAAGAUGACGAAGGCAAUCAGUCGCGGAUGACGCCGUGCGGCCAUUCCAGAGGCCGUGUCUUGCAAGUUUGCGAGGGCCCUGUGCAUUUUGAUGCACACCGCUUUCAUUGCACAAUGCCUUGGCUUGGAUCAAGAAUCGUUUUGAUCGGCUUCACUCCGAGAAAUCUUUCGUCGCUGAAACAGGGUGACACUAGACUUCUCCUAGACCUGGGUUUUCCGCUGCCCGGUCACAGCCCAUCGAUCCUGCCAGCCAUUGCGCCGCCUCAGGUUGAGAUGGCUAACAAUCCACGGGUUGGUCUUGCCGAGGAGCGGGAUCGAGAGAAGUGUACCGUGACGUUUGGAGUGUACCAUACUGAAAGCGAGUUCGUGCGUGCAGCCGUGACAGCGGGUCACCCUAAGGCGAUGGUUGACUCGUUGCCAGCACAUCUCGUGUCUUGCAUAGAUCUGUUGGCGAAGGCCCCACCGAGUGCCAUCGUCCAGCGGCGCAAGCGGUGGCUGGAUAAGUGGACUGCCCGUGCUGCUGAGAUAGGUGUGCGUCCUGAUCCUGUAUGGGAAGUGGAGGACCCGCGCAUGAGGGAGGUGCUGCGAAGCAAGCGUCUACAACUGUUGGAUGAGAUUAUUGCGAGCGAGGGCUAUGAGGAUGUGAACUUGGCUAGUGACAUAAGAUCAGGAAAGGACAUCGCCUGUGUCGAACGUGCUGCCUGGGAAAGCCCCGCAAAUGAAGCCCUUCGGAUGUCGCUUGGUUCGUCGGGUGAUCAUGCCACCGACUUGAAGUUGUGGGAAAAGACGAUGCAGGAAGUGGAGAGAGGCUGGCUCGUGGGCCCAUAUGCUUGGGAUGACUUGCCUGCCGGGUAUGUCGUAUCGCAUCGUUUCCCUUUGUGGCAGCACGACAAGUUGCGGCCCAUUGACGACUACAGCCGCAGCGGGGUGAAUGCAUGCGUUACCACGCUAGAGCAGCCUACAGUAGACACUGCGGAUGUAGCGGCUGCCAUGUUUGCCAAACUGUGCGAGGGACUCGGAAAAGCCAAGCGACCCUCUUGGAUCAAAGGCCGUUCCUUCGACUUGACCGCUGCAUAUCGGCAGCUAUGUGUUUCCACCGCCUCCAGAAAGUUUGCCGUGAUUGCUGUUUAUAACCCUCACACGGGGAAGACAUGCCUUUUCACACAAAUCUGCCUCCCGUUCGGCUCCCGAGCAUCAGUCAACGGCUUUAUCAGGUGCUCUCGGUGCAUCCAAUGGUUAGCGACCCGCUGCCUCCUUGUGCCGACGACUUCAUAUUACGACGACUUCAUAGUCGCAUCGCCCGACUGUCUAGCAGACAACACUGGAAGCACGAUGGAGCUUCUGUUCCAGUUGUUAGGGUGGGUCUUCGACACGGUGGGCCCGAAAGCCGACACCUUCUCUCGCGAUGUCUCGGCUCUUGGAUUGCAUUUUGACUUGUCUGAGAGCGGGGAUGGUGUCGUCACUGUGGACAACACCGAGAAGAGGAAGAAAGACAUCCAUGCUUUGGUUUCAGACGUGCUUGACAAGGGCCAUCUGUCGUAUAAGGGUGGCAUGGAGUUGCGUGGCAAACUUGCUUUUGCAAACUCGCAGGUCAUGGGUAAAGCCGGGCAUUACGCCCUCAAGCAUGUCAGCGCACACGUGCAUGCAUACCCUUUUGUUCCAAAGCUGAGCGUUGCCACGACUGAUGCUUUGAGCUUUCUGAUGGCUCGCAUACUUGAAGGACAACCCAGAAGGAUUCAUAAGUCGCUAGGCCUGCCAUGGUUCGUGUUCACCGAUGCGAGUUUUGAGCCUGACUAUACCGGAGGUUUAGGUGGCGUGUUGGUCUCGCCUUCGGGUUCCGUAGCUGGGUGGUUUUCGCUGCUCCUGAAGAGCACCGACAUUCGCCCUUUGCUGCCCCUCAAGGCGGAGACAGGCAUCGGCGAGUUGGAAGCGAUUGCGGUCGUGUUGGCAUUCCAAUUUUGGGAGGAACACUUGGAGUCCACUGAGUGCGUAGCCUACCUCGACAAUGAGGGUGCCCGGAGUUCACUGAUUAAAGGCUGCUCAUCGUCUUGGUCGAUCACGCGGAUCUGUCAUAUCUUCGCUAAGACUUGUGAAUCGCACACGGUGCUGCCCUGGCUGGCACGUGUCCCUUCGUGCAGCAAUGUGGCAGACCACCCUAGCAGAGGUAAGGACUGUAGUAUGCUCCCUCGCAGCCGUGCAGCUACAGAGUCGAGCGUGAGAGCUCUUUUCGACAGCUUGGUGCAGUCCAUCAUAACCCUCUCCUAA